CGUCAUGUGACGCCGGCCCUCGCCCCACCCGUCUGCAGCCACUCCCCGUCUUGGUCGCCAAGCUUGAGAGAGCCACGUGACCCGCCCCAGAGCCAGUCACGUGAGGCGCGGAUCUAGGUGGGAGGGGGUGGCGAAGGGGUCCGGCGUGUCAGUAAAGGAGGAAGAUGGCGGGGUGCAGGGGGUCUCUAUGCUGCUGCUGCAGGUGGUGCUGCUGCUGCGGUGAGCGUGAGACCCGCACUCCGGAGGAACUGACCAUCCUAGGAGAAACACAAGAAGAGGAGGAUGAGAUCCUUCCAAGGAAAGACUAUGAGAGCUUGGAUUAUGAUCGCUGUAUCAAUGACCCUUACCUGGAAGUUUUGGAGACCAUGGACAAUAAGAAAGGUCGAAGGUAUGAGGCAGUGAAGUGGAUGGUAGUGUUUGCCAUUGGAGUCUGCACUGGGCUGGUGGGUCUCUUUGUGGACUUUUUUGUGCGGCUCUUCACCCAGCUCAAGUUUGGAGUGGUGCAGACGUCGGUGGAAGAAUGCAGCAAGAAAGGCUGCCUCGCCCUGUCACUCCUUGAACUCUUGGGUUUUAACCUGACCUUUGUCUUCCUGGGCAGCCUUCUUGUCCUAAUUGAGCCAGUGGCAGCAGGUUCGGGAAUACCUGAGAUCAAAUGCUACCUGAAUGGCGUGAAGGUGCCAGGAAUUGUCCGUCUCCGGACCCUGCUCUGCAAAGCUUUUGGAGUGCUCUUCAGUGUGGCUGGAGGGCUCUUUGUGGGGAAAGAAGGCCCCAUGAUCCACAGUGGAGCCGUGGUGGGAGCUGGCCUCCCUCAGUUCCAGAGCAUCUCCUUACGGAAGAUCCAGUUUAACUUCCCUUAUUUCCGAAGUGACAGAGACAAACGAGACUUUGUCUCAGCUGGGGCGGCUGCCGGAGUUGCUGCAGCUUUUGGGGCCCCGAUCGGGGGCACCUUGUUCAGUCUGGAGGAAGGCUCAUCCUUCUGGAACCAAGGGCUCACAUGGAAAGUGCUCUUUUGUUCCAUGUCUGCUACCUUUACUCUUAACUUCUUUCGUUCUGGAAUUCAAUUUGGAAGUUGGGGUUCCUUCCAGCUCCCCGGAUUGCUGAACUUUGGCGAGUUUAAGUGCUCUGACUCUGAUAAAAAAUGUCACCUCUGGACAGCUAUGGAUUUGGGUUUCUUCGUCAUCAUGGGGGUCAUUGGGGGCCUCCUGGGAGCCACAUUCAACUGUCUGAACAAGAGGCUUGCAAAGUACCGUAUGCGAAAUGUGCACCCGAAACCUAAGCUUGUCAGAGUCUUAGAGAGCCUCUUGGUGUCUCUGGUAACCACCGUAGUGAUAUUUGUGGCCUCAAUGGUGCUAGGAGAAUGCCGACAGAUGUCGUCUUCAAGUCAAAUCAGUAAUGACUCAUUCCGGCUCCAGGUCACAUUAGAAGACGUGAAUUCAAGUAUCAAGACCUUUUUCUGUCCCAAUGAAACCUACAAUGACAUGGCCACCCUCUUCUUCAAUCCCCAGGAGUCGGCCAUCCUUCAGCUCUUCCACCAGGAUGGUACUUUCAGCCCCAUCACUUUGGCCUUGUUCUUCGCCCUCUAUUUCUUGCUUGCCUGUUGGACUUACGGCAUUUCUGUUCCAAGUGGCCUUUUUGUGCCUUCUCUGCUGUGUGGAGCUGCUUUUGGACGUUUAGUUGCCAAUGUCCUAAAAAGCUACAUUGGAUUGGGCCACAUCUACUCGGGAACCUUUGCCCUCAUCGGUGCUGCAGCCUUCCUAGGUGGGGUCGUCCGCAUGACUAUCAGCCUCACAGUCAUCCUGAUCGAAUCCACCAACGAGAUCACUUACGGCCUUCCCAUUAUGAUCACCCUCAUGGUGGCCAAAUGGACAGGGGACUUUUUCAAUAAGGGCAUUUAUGAUAUCCAUGUGGGCCUGCGAGGAGUGCCGCUUCUGGAAUGGGAGACAGAGGUGGAAAUGGACAAACUGAGAGCCAGUGACAUCAUGGAGCCCAACCUGACCUAUGUCUACCCACACACCCGCAUCCAGUCCCUGGUCAGCAUCUUGCGCACCACAGUCCACCACGCCUUCCCAGUGGUCACGGAGAACCGGGGCAAUGAGAAGGAGUUCAUGAAGGGCAACCAGCUCAUCAGUAACAACAUCAAAUUCAAGAAAUCCAGCAUCCUCACGCGGGCCGGCGAGCAGCGCAAGCGGAGCCAGUCCAUGAAGUCCUACCCAUCGAGUGAGCUGCGGAACAUGUGUGACGAGCACGUCACCUCUGAGGAGCCGGCCGAGAAGGAGGACCUACUGCAACAGAUGCUAGAGAGGAGAUACACUCCCUACCCCAACCUAUACCCUGACCAGUCCCCAAGCGAAGACUGGACCAUGGAGGAGCGCUUCCGCCCUCUGACCUUUCACGGCCUGAUCCUUCGGUCGCAACUGGUCACCCUGCUCGUCCGAGGAGUUUGUUAUUCUGAAAGUCAGUCGAGUGCCAGCCAGCCACGCCUUUCUUAUGCGGAGAUGGCUGAGGAUUACCCACGGUACCCUGAUAUCCACGACCUGGACCUAACACUGCUGAACCCACGGAUGAUCGUGGAUGUCACCCCGUACAUGAACCCCUCGCCCUUUACUGUUUCACCAAAUACCCAUGUCUCUCAAGUCUUCAAUUUGUUCAGAACGAUGGGCUUGCGGCACUUGCCAGUGGUGAACGCCGUGGGAGAGAUUGUUGGGAUCAUCACACGGCACAACCUGACAAAUGAGUUUCUGCAGGCCCGGCUGCGGCAGCACUACCAGACCAUCUGA